CUUUCUCUGUAUAAAAAUAUGACGAGAAGUUUCUCGCUUUUGUAUAUUGGAUCACUUCCUUUACACACAUGCACACCCACCCGCACGCACACACGCACGCACACACACACAGGCGUGCACACACAGAUAUAUAAAGGAGCUGUGCAGUCAGGAAAUCUUAGUUGUUCUUUGUCUGACUUUGCAUGUGAGGAUGACUUGGAAGAUGAAGAUUUCUGCUGCCUUCAUUGGACUUCUGAUCUGCUUCUUUGUUGUCUCCUGCAAUGGUCCAGGUAUACCUUUACACCUUUACACCUGUCCAUCCUGACCUCUUACAGAUAAACAUGAUAGAAGUUAAAUGUAAAAUCAGAGAGUUGAGGUGAUUGAGGCUGAUGGUUUGUACUCACAAAGAUUAUUUCUCUAUUUUAAAUUUAAACAAAAGUCUUUUUUCAAAAAUGUUUUCCUCUUCUGAUGAUUUUCAUAGUUUAAUUUCUGUUUGUGAUCUUUAACUUUUCAAAAACAGAGUUAAAAAGUUUGUUUUGGUCAGGGCUGUAGCCAAAGCUGAAGCUGAAGUGAUUCCUUGACUGAGAGUUUCUUCACCCUUUAUUUUCAAAAUUAUGAGCCCAGAAAUGCAUUAGUUAUUUACUUUUCAAAAAGAAUUUUGUUCUGAACUAAAAUAAUUUAAAAUUAUAUUUGAAGCUGAAGAAAUCUCUAAGGUCACAUUUAGAGAACAAACUUUGUGUUCUGUAUUUCAAACUUACUUUCUUUUAUAAGUAGUAUUGACACAGUUAGUUUGGGUUUCAUCAUGUACGGAUUAAGCAAAUGAUAAAUCAAAAUAAAAUGACAAAAAACUGAGGUCAGACUGUAACAGUGACGAUUAUAAUACAGGGAUUAACAAUAACCAGGACUAACUUUGAUACCCAUGUAGGGUUUUACCCUGAAAUUCACAAAUCUCAGUGAUGUUUAAAAUGCAUAUUUCUACACAUAAAUGUGAACUGUUAGUAUUUACUUAAGCUUAAAGUCUGUCAAACUGAAGACAGAGAAAAAACAUAGGUUCUGUCUUUUUAAACAUGUAUUAUUCAAGUGGUUUUAAAAUGAACAUCCUUGAGAUUCAAGUCAUAUUACCAUGUGCAAAGUGAGAUGAGUGAACUUUCUGAUUACACCCGAAGUGCAUGUUUUUGCAUUUAUCAUUAUUCAUACAGGCAAAUCAUUUACAGUCAGUCUCUUACAGAAAAUAAUCUAAAAGAAAACAUCAUGAAUAAAACAUAAUAGAUAAAGACAAACAAGAAUGAAAAGAAAUACAGGCCCACCUAGAAGAUGAAAGCUGAGUUAUGAAUAAAAACUGAUGGCGCCAGUCAGCUGCAGAACUAUUCAGUGACUAAAUAUACAAGUAAUGGCUUUUUGAGUUUCAAUGUCUUUUCCUGAUUGUAUUUUUUUAAGAAAGGAGAGUCUGAGAUUGCAGCAGAGACCAGAAUCAUAUUUUUACACCAUGACCAAAAAAAAAAAAAACAGAUCACACAGACUGAGACUAGAGCGGAAACCUCGAUCUUUAUCCAGGUUAACAAACAGGAAGCUGCGCAAACACACAACCAGGGAAGUGUCAGUUCAGCAGAGCAACACUCUGCAUGAAAAGAAGAGGAAUUAAAUGAGGGAGACAGUGAAGAGAACAGGUGUCAGGAUUUUAAAGUAACACGCUUAAAUGUGGAGUGAAACAGUCUGAGUUGAUCCUCAUGGGAUGUUAAACUCCGUAAUUAGUAGUAUUUCUCAGAACAUAAGGAUGUGGCUGUGAGUAAAAGCAGCAGUCAGACACUCUGAUCAUAAAACUUACGGGGGAAUUAACACUAUAGCGGUGUAAACUGAAAGGUUGGUGCAGCUGCAGACCCAAGGUGUGAAGAUCAGUCUGCUUGCAUUUGUCUGCUGCUUCCUGCAAACACAACCACAUGCCUGCUUUGUGCGUGUCUGUGUGCAUGUGGCUUUUGAAGAGCAGUGGUAUGAAUGUAAUAGAGGUGUGUGUUUUAAGGCUGUUUUAGACUGAAGUGCUGUGUUUGACACUGUUGACCACUCUGGGUUGGUGUCUCUGAUCAGCUUUUCAAUGGUUCUGUUCUUAUCUAACUGGGUGUUGCUAUUGAAAGCUCAGUCAUCCAAGUUGUUCUGUGGGGUGCCUCAUGGAUCAGUUCUGGGACCACUCCUUUCAAUUUAUAUUUUGCCCCUUAGACAUGUGAUCUGUAGACUCAAUACUGAUUUUCACUUUUAUGCUGAUGACACCCAGCUUCACCUCUCUUUUAGCCAUGACAACCCAGAUCCUCUCUUUCCAACUGUAUUACUGACCUUACAAACUGGAUGGCCCACAACUUCCAACAGCUAAACAUGAACAAGACAGAGGUUAUCAUAAUUGGCCCAGAAACUGCACACACCCUCAUUAGUAAACAUCUAGGGCUCUAUUUUCCUGUCCGCCGGUGAGGUGGCGGAGUGUGGCAGACCCCGCGUAGUGAAAUUUUCGUCUGGCUGAACCCGGCGUACACCAAUUUGGUAUUUUCGUGGACUGAGGUGUACCAAGGUCCGCCAAGCUGGGCGUGGUGGCGAGGCAGGGGGAGGUGUAGACAGAAUCAGCUGGCGCAGUGACAUUUUCGUGCUCGCCGGUGGCAUAUGAAAUGCGCUGAAAGCUCGCCGAUUAAAACCUAGACAGAUUUCAGCGCAGGUGGAGCGCAGCUGGUCUAGUGGUAUUAUGGUAGACCGGUGGUGUACCGGCAUAUACGUCACCGAUGCCUCAUCGGCAGGUUUCUACAGUGUCAGGCACUUUUCAGUGCAAUAAAUAAUCAUCAACAAAUACUAAUCUGAGUCAGAACAUACAUUAAGAUCUAUAUUGAUAUAUUCUAAUCUAUAUCUGAUCUGAUGAGCGCGUUUGGCAUGCGUUUGGACACACAACCUGACCGAAUCAACACAGCUGAAACCGCAUUAAAUUAAAUUAGAUAUCUAGUAAAUAGACACACAUGAUGAAGUGAACAGGAUAUGUAAUUCGUCUCCCUCCUUUUCUUUCUUCCUCCUUCUCCUAUUUCUCGCGCAGCUGGACCUGGACAUGUCUCCAUGUCCUCUCCCCGUCCUGCUGCAGCUGUGGUGGCUGAACAGAUGAUUUAUUUCAGUGAUCAGAUGAGUUAUUUACUUUAAGCCCACAUACGAAUAUUAUAAUAUUCAGUUUUGUGAGCCAAAUUUAUUUUAUAUGCCAACAUCUAUGAAAGAAAGAGCCAGGCCACGGCGCGUGAUGCGGACCUGACUUACGCCGCGCCUGCGCCACGUCUCCGGGGAGGCAUGAAAAUAGAGCCCCUAGAGCCUCUCUCAAUAGAUAUCUCAACAGUCACACAUGCCUUAAUUUCCUCCCACCUGGACUAUUGUUAUUUCCUGUGUUCCUCUCUAUCAGCAAAGCCUAAAAAACCUAUAGCGGAUCCAAAAUGCAUCAGCCAGACUCCUCACCAAAACAAUACAGAAGGCUCUAUUUUCAUGCCUCGCCUGCGACACGGCGUAUGCGCGGUGUAAGUGAGGUCCGCCGCGCUGACAAGGUGUUCCCAAGCACAAUUUGGUAUUUUGGUGAGCGGCGCAGCCCGGCGUAAGUAUCCCCCCUCCCUAACUCAGCUCCUCCCAGCAGCAUAAGUCGUAGCAAGGUAGGAAAGAGGGCGUGGAGUGGAUUUAACACAGCUGAGACCUGUUUUCAUCAAUCACAUAAGCUCCUCUCCUUGCUUUUAAAUCCGCCACCGGUGAGGCGUAUUACAAUUUUCGUGAAGUAGUCAAAGAGAUCAAGAGAUGUGUGAAGACAGCAAUGCCAUACAAUGGCGACAGAAGGCAGCCCCUCAACAAGUGUCACUGUAAGUGCUGCAGAGGGCGUCCUGCACACUCCAUCAUAUAAGCACACAUGGAUUUGGUGUGUGUGAUGUUGGACCCACUGAACCAUCUGUGCGUAAAUGACGCAUCACGCGCCGUGGCCUGGCUCUUUCUUUCAUAGAUGUUGGCAUAUAAAAUAAAUUUGGCUCACAAAACUGAAUAUUAUAAUAUUCGUAUGUGGGCUUAAAGUAAAUAACUCAUCUGAUCACUGAAAUAAAUCAUCUGUUCAGCCACCACAGCUGCAGCAGGACGGGGAGAGGACACAGAGACAUGUCCAGGUCGAGCUGCGCAAGACAUAAGAGGAAGAGGAAGACAGAAGAGUAGGGAGACGAAUUACAUAUCUUGUUCACUUCAUCAUGUGUGUCUAUUUACUAGAUAUUUAAUUUAAUUUAAUGCGAUUUCAACUGUGUUGAUUCGGUCAGGUUGUGUGUCCAAGCGCGUGCCAAACGCACUCAUCAGAUCAGAUAUAGAUCAGAAUGUAUCGAUAUAGAUCUAAAUGUAUGUGCUGACUCAGAUUUUUAGUUGUUGAUGAUUAUUUAUUGCACUGAAAUGUGCCUGACACUGUAGAAACCUGCCGGUGAUGCAUCAGUGACGUAUAUGCCGGUACGCCACCCGUCUACCACAUAACCACUAGACCAGCUGCGCUCCACCUGCGCUGAAAGCUGACCAGGUUUUAAUCGGCGAGCUUUCAGCGCAUUUAUACGCCAGUGGCAAGAACGAAAAUGUCACUGCGCCAGCUGAUUCUGUUGACAUCUUCCUCUGCUACGCCACCACGCCCAGCUUGGCGGACCUUGGUGCGCUUCAGUCCAAGAAAAUACCAAACUGGCUGUAUGCCGGGCUCAGCUAGAUGAAAAUUUCACUGCGCGGGGUCUGCCACCCUUUGCCGCCUCAACGGCGGACAGGGCAAUAGAGCCCAGAGAUAGCAUAUCAGCUCUAUUUUAGCCUCCUUUCACAUUUCUAUUUUCUUUUUAUGUUGGGAAACAUUUUGUUGCUCUGUUUUGAAAAGUGCUUUGUCAAAAGAAUUUAUAAUUAUUAUUGUACAAACUGAUCAGUUUUUUCAUAAUAUAGACUGAUACAGACUGUGACAGGCUGGCUGGUAUAGAUUGAUACAGACCGAUGCAGGCUGAAACAGACUACGGCAGGCUGAUACUGGGUGUUACAGACUGAUAAAGGUUGAUACAGACUGAUAUAGACCAAUACAGACUAGUCAGAGGUGAUACAGCCUGUAACAGGCUAAAACUGACAGUGACAGGCUGAUACAGGCUGUUACAGAAUGAUACAGGCUGGUACAGAUUGAUACAGACCGAUACAGGCUGGUACAGACUGAUGUAGACUAAUACAGACUGCAACAGGUUGAUACGGUUUUAAGGCUUUGUUGUGUUGAUGUCUUUUUUAUUGAUUUUACUUUCUACUGAUGUGUCUUUUAAUUGCACUGCAAGGUGUCCUGAGCGUCCUGAAAGGCGCUCACAAAUAAAAUGUAUUAUUAUUAUUAUUUAUUAUUUUUAUUUACGGGCUGUUAAAAAGUGAUACAGGAUGAAAUAGACCAAUACUGACAGUGACAGGCUCUUACAGACUGAUAAACGCUGAUACAAGCUAAUACGGGCUGAUGUAGACCAAUACAGACUGGUCAGGGGUGAUACAGACUGUUACAGGCUAAUACAGACUGUUACAGGUUGAUACCUACUGAUAAAUACUGAUGAUACAGACUGAUACAGUUUGGCUGAUAGGGGCUGUUACAGACUGUUACAAGCUGAUACAGACUGUUACAGGUUAAUUCAGAUUGAUACAUACUUAUACAGGAUGAUACAGACUUAAUGAAGUCUAAUUUAGGCUGUUUGUUUGUCUGUUGACUUCACUAAAGUUUAGACUAUAAUCUAGACUAAAGAAAAUUAAAUACACCCCCACAUGUUCACACCAUCAUAGGAAAAAUCUGACUCAUCAUGCCACUUCCUGUCAGCACCUUUCAAGCUAAAGGAAACUUUGCAAACAGAUUUCCUGUGUUUGCUAAAAGGAAAGUUUAGUUACUUAGUCAUUUUUUAUCAUAAAUCAAAAUCAUAGACAACACAUUAUAGAUUAAUGUUUUUUUCAUGAACUCAGAGAGAAAAAUCUGAAUUUCUGAAAGUACAGAUUAUUCUGUAUCUGUUAACCAUGUGAAGUAAACCUAAAGGAAUCUGUGUGUAAUUUUUGCUUUGUGAGUGUAAAAUUCAGCACUGAAACUCCACUGCUGUCCACAGUGUGAGGACUUGUGUGAUUAUACUCAUUAGCCAGAGCAGUUUCAGUUAUAUUGAAAGGUUGAAAACCAGAUAGAAAGACUUAAGAACAGUCAUUUGACUGUCAGCAAUCAAGAAGUUAUUAUACUAUUAUUUAAAAAAAAAGCUGUCUCGAAAAUAAUAAAUUGAAUACAAGCCUUAGUUAUUAUGAUUAUUUUAUCCAGCAUGUUUGUGGCGUAACAUCUUACUUUUAGACUGUUUUUUUGUUUGUUUGUUUGUUUUUGCUUGUUUCUGUUGUUUUGUUGUUUCCUUGUUGUUGUUGUAGCAUGCGUUUGUUGUUGCAUGUUUCUGUAAUGGUAUGAGGAUUUUUUUGUUUGUUUGUUUUUGCUGUUGCUUUUUAUUAUUUAUUUUGUUUUUGAUUUUACUGUACAGCACUUUGGUCAGCGCUUUGUUGUUUUUUAAAUGUGCUAUAUAAAUAAACCUGGAUUGGAUUGGAUUGGAUUUUUUUGUUAAUUGUUUAUAGUCCUUUUUUAUUGUUUCAUGUUUUUGUUGAAUGUUUCUACUGUUGCAUUUUUCUGUUGUUGCACUUUUUUAUCGUUCCAUACUUUUGUUGUUUUAUAUUUUUGCUAUUGCAUGUUUUCAUUGCAUGUUUCUGUUGUUAAAGUUUGAGCUUGCUUGUAUUUAUAGUAAGAUGUUGUGAUUGUUGCAUGUUUUAUGUCGCAUGUUCAUGACUUUUACCUUGUUAUUGUUGCACGUUUUUGUAGUUGCACAUUGUGCAGGGUUUUUAGAUUCCAAUCUUGACAAUGGUUUUAAACUUUGCAUUAUGUUAGUAUUAAAGUUUUUUUUUUUGGUGCCAUCAUAUCUCUAUGCUUGAUUUCAUUCUGUCUUUACAGCUAAAGAAUGCAGCCAUUUUGCUCCAGCUGGGGGUGACUUCACGUUACCUCUGGAGCCCAAACUGGAUUCCCGACUGGUGUGGAUGAGAGACACUGCUGUAAUUUUUGACAAGAAAGAUAACAAAGUUUUGUCUGGAGAGGAAGGGGAUGUAUCUGAGAAUGGAUCUCUGGUCCUAAAGAACGUGACAAAAAAAAUUGAGGGAGACUACAAAGCCAAGAUUUAUGAUAAAAGUGGAACAUCACUUGGAACAUUCACGUUCGAAUUAUGUGUGAUGGGUAUGUAACAUCAUGAUUGCCAUAUCUUUACAGUGUAAACUCCUGAAAGUUCCUGACAGAUUUCUGCAUCAGUUUGCAUUUUGUUUUUUCCAGUUUAUCAGAAAGAUUCUUACUCUUCUCUUCUCAGACCCUGUCAAAAAACCAACUGUGACAAUGGAGUGUGCAUCAUCAUUUGUCAUCUUAACCUGCUCUGGUGCCCAGGUGAGAAGUUUUUUUUGUGUAUGCGCAGAGUGUGUUUUUAUUGACUAAAACACAGUAUUUCAUUUUUCAUUCGAGUUAAGUUGUUUUUAUCAUGGUUCUCGUCAUCGGGACUAACAACAAAAAUAUCUCAGUCUCUAAAAAGUUGAAAAAACCCACUGUCAUGUCCUUGAUAUUGACUCAUAAAGUCCCUAACAAUCUUUUUAUGUAUAUGCCUUGAUAAUGUUUUUGAUACAUUUUGUGAAAUGUCUCUGAAAUUGUCUUUGACAGUGUAUGUGAAGUCCCUGAUAAUAUAUUAAUAACGACCCUGAAAAUAUCCCUUUAAGUUCCCCUCAUUAUGUCCUUGAUAACCGCCCUAAAAAUACCUUUGAAAGUGUCCCCGAUCAUGUGCUUGGAGCUGUCUUAUAAAAUCCCUGAAAAUAUUGUGACCAACAUGUCUGUUGUGUAAUGUUCUUGAUGAAUUUUCAGAUGAUUCCUUUGAUAAUGUCCUAUUAUAGAGUGUCCUAUUAUGUCUCAAAUGGUGUUUUGAUAAUGUUUCUGAUUAGGUACCUGGAAAUGCCUUUGACAAUUUUCACACAAUAUUCUUAAUAACGUCUCACAAAGUCCCUGAACAUUUUUUAAACAUUAUGGGCCCUAUUUUCAUGACUCGCUGCUGGCAUGGCGCAGGCACGGCAAAAGUCAUGUCCGCUGCAGCAAUAUGGUGUGCCCAAGCACACUUUGGUAUUUUGGUGAGUGGCACAGCCCGGCGUAAGUAUCCCCCCUCCCUAACUCAGCUCCUCCCAGCAGCGUAAGUAGUAGAGAAGGAGGGGAUAAGUCGUGGCGUGGAUUUAACACAGCUGAGACCUGUUUUUCGCCAAUCAGAUCAGCUCCUCUCUUCACCUUUAAAUCCGCCACCGGUGAGGCGUAUUACAAUUUUGGUGAAGUUGUCGAAGAGAUCAAGAGAUAUUUGAAGACAGCAAUGCCACAUGAUGGUGACAGAAGGCAACCCCUCAACAAGUGUUGCUGUUAGCGCUGCAGAGGGUGUCCUGCACACUUCUCAAAUAAGCACAGAUGGAUGUGAGGCAUCGGUGACGUAGUCACAAUGCGCCGCUGGUCUAUCAAAAUACCACUAGACCAGCUGCACUCUGCCUGUGCUGAAAGCUGACCAGGUUUGAAUCGGCGAGCUUUCAAUGCACUAUCCAUGCCAUGGGCGGGCACGAAAAUGUCACUGUGCCAGCUGAUUCUGUUGACAACUCUGUGCCGGGCUCCGCCAGACGAAAAUACCACCGCGCAGGGUGCACCACCGUCCACCGCGCCACUGGCGGGCACAAAAAUAGAGCCCCAUGUCUUUGAUCAGGACCAGAUACAUUUUCUAAAAUUGUCCCUUAAAAUUGUCUCUGAUAGUGUUUCUCACAAUGUCACCAAUAAUGUUUUGAUAAUAUCAAUAAUAAUGUUUUUAUCAUUAUGUCCUUGAUAAUGCUCUUGAUAAAUUUUGUCCUUGAUAAUGUCUGAUAAUGUUAUAAUGUUAUGAUAAUAGAAUUUUAAUAAUGUCCCAGAUAAGACUCCUUAGAGAUCCUUUAAAAUUUUUCAUGAUAAUGUUCUUGAGAGUAUCUUAUGUGUCCCUAAUAAUGUUAUCAUUAUUACAUCCCUAAAAAUGUUCUUGAUACAUUUUCUCAUAAUGUCUGUCAUAAAAUCCCUGAUAAUGUCUUAGAUCCCAACUAUCCUAACCCAUGGUGAAUAUUCAGACUUGGAGUUUUGGUCAGAUUCAUGUAAUAUUUUUAAAUUGCAUAACAAAAAAAGACUCUGAAUUUCAAAAACAUCUGGUUUUGUUGCCUUCUAAUCAUUGAGAUUAGAUUAAAAUUCGCUCAUUAUUUCUCUGCUGUAGGCUAACUUGUGUUAUUGCUCACUAGGGCUGGGGGAUAUGGUAAAAAGUUUAUCACAAUAUAUUUUUUUCAUAUCAGUCGAUAUCGAUAUAUAUCAAGAUAUAACAAAAUCACUUAUCUAUUUUAAAUAUUCCCUGUUGCUCUUACAUGAAAUUUAACAGUGCUUAUUGGUAGCAUGUCUUUUGCAAUACAAUAAGCUACUGCAUCUGUGAGGUCUUUGUGUCUCUUCAACAUUUUGUCGUAAGGUGUUGUGCUAGGGAAAAUGGACUGAAUGGUUAGCUGUUUCGGCUGCACAGGCACCAUGGGCUCCUUGCUCCGCUUGUAACCUUUUGCAUUGCACGUGCUCUGCUGCACUGCGUCAGGUGGUGAAAAAGAUUUAAGGUAUUCCCCGACUUUGUGAGAACAUGUACUCAACAUAAUUUGCAGUGCACAAUACCCUGCUUCAUGUCCGACCUCAAAAAAACGAAAUACCUCCACACCACCAAUGUUUUCGUUCCAGUGUUGUUGACAAUGUCAUCAUCUGUUGAGCCUUCAUCUGCAUUUCUGCAGGGGUUAGCACUGAUUUUCUGUUUUCCUCACCAACAGUGCUGUCAGCUUCACCUGUAAAUAGUGGUGUGUCGGUCUUGAACGAACGGAUCAAAAGAACUAGUUCUUUUUGAUGAACGAAAUGAACUAGUUCUCCCCCCCCUAAAUGACCCGUUCAAUCCGUUCAGUUCUUUUGAUUGGCUGAAUAGGGACUGCUUGCCUGUCUUAUCCUAUCGUCGCGCCUCGUUCUGUGUGUGGGUGGGGCUUAGAGAAGCAGCAGCAGUACUACUGAGCUGACUGAAAGACCGGGAUGACCGAGUUGACUGAAAGAACGGGUCAAAUGAACGAAAGACCGAGGUGACUGAAAGAAUGGGUCAAAUGAACGAAAGACCGAGUUGAACGAAAGACCCAGACCGAUGAAUGAGUUGAACGAAAGACCGAGUGAAUGAAAGAUCCAGACGGAUGAACGAGUUGAACGAAAGACCGAGUGAACGAAAGACCCAGACCGAUGAACAAGUUGAACGAAAGACCGAGUGAACGAAAGACCCAGACCGAUGAACGAGUUAAACGAAAGACCUUGUGAACGAAAGACCCAGACCGAUGAACGAGUUGAACGAAAGACCGGGUUGAACGAAAGACCCAGGCGGAUGAAUGAGUUGAACGAGAGACCGAGUGAACGAAAGAUCCAGACGGUGAACGAGUUGACUGAAAGACCGAGUGAACGAAAGAUCCAGACAGAUGAACGAGUUGACUGAAAGACCGAGUUGACUGGCUGCCGCACGAGGCCCAACAGCCGAGCCGGAGCGAGCGGGACAGUCACACACACACACACAAAGGCACACAGCUGCUGCUGCAGCCAGAGGCAGAGAGACAACUAUUAAUACGCAUUUGCACGAGGUGGGGGGGGGGGGGCAGGGGAGGGGCAGCGGACUGACUGACUAAUGACCGAUUGACCGAAAUGACCGAAAAGAACGAAAUGAACGGGUCUUUUUACUGAACGACCCGGAAUGAUCCGGUUCACUGAAAUGACCGGUUUUGCCCACCACUACCUGUUAAAGUGCUAUGGUUGCGUGUAGCUGCAGCCUAGUACUACGCAGUUUUUUGCUACUUGGUUCUAAUUCAGACGCAACUCCCCUUUUCAUUGGCUUUUUGUAUAGUCUACCAAAACAUGGCAGAAGCAUAUUGACCAUGUUUUAUAUUGAUAUUGAGGGAAAUUAAUUUUUGAUAUAUAUUGUUAUCAUUCUAUCGCCCUGCCCUAUUGCUGACCCUUUCUUAUAAAUUUGUAUGACUGACUCCAGCUUCACUAAAACACAGUCUGGAUCCUGAUUUUAAAAACUCCAGAUAUUUUUUCUCUGGUUUUGACUUGUGUGGGCAUCAGUGUUAUAUUAACUACAUUGGCAUCUCUGUUACUGUUUUUAACUGGUUUAAAACAUAUCUGACUGGCAUGAAAUAUUACGUUAUCACUGGGGAACGCUCAUCAAGAACCUAUAAAAUGGAGUGUGGUGUUCCCCAGGGCUCAAUUUUAGGCCCCACAUUUUUUAAUCUAUAUAUGUUACCAUUAGGAGAUGUCAUCAGGAGACACAACAUUAACUUUCACAGCUAUGCGGAUGAUACACAGCUCUACCUGGCCGUGUCCCCUUAUGACACACGGCCCAUUGAUGCCCUUUUUAACUGUAUUUUAGACGUCCAGUCCUGGAUGGCAGACAACCUCUUGCAGCUCAACCAGGACAAAACCCAGAUUUUAGUCAUCGGUACAGGUCCAGAGAGAAAGAAACUGGAGAACAAACUCUGAGGACUGUCUUUUAAUCCCUCAAAACAUGUUAAAAAUCUGGGUGUUAUAUUUAAUUUUAAUCUCAGCUUUGCAUCACACAUUCGUGAUAUCACCAAAAAGGCUUUUUUAUCACCUUAAGAACAUCUCCAGAGUCCGCCAGUUUCUCUCUCAAGCCAAUGCAGAGACUCAUAUCCAUGCUUUUAUUACCUGCAGAAUUGAUUAUUGUAAUGCUCUCCUCUCUGGUCUUCCUAAAAAGAACAUUUCACAGCUUCAGCUGCUGCAAAAUUCGGCCGCAUGCAUGCUGACAAAGAUCAGGAGGAGAGCCCACAUUACACCAAUUUUAAAGUCUCUGCAUUGGCUUCCUGUGUCUUUAAGAAUAGAUUUUAAGGUUCUUUUAUUAGUUUAUAAAUGUCUUAAUGGUCUAGGUCCUUCUUAUUUAUCUGAUUUGCUUUAACGAUAUGAGCCCAGUAGAGCCCUCAGGUCUUCAGGAGGUGGUCUUUUAAAAGUCCCCAAAGUUAGAACCAAAACAUACGGUGAGGCAUUGUUUUAUUAUUAUGGCCCCCAUCUGUGGAACAGUCCGCCUGAAGACCUGAGAGCAGCACCUACAGUUCAUAUUUUUAAACGCAAACUCAAGACCUUCCUUUUUAGUCUGGCCUUUAGCUGAUUUUUGUUUUAUUCUUCUAGCCUUUUUUUUUUUUUAGUAUAUUUUAACACUAUUUGUUUAUUUUCUUUUAUUAUUUGAUUUUAAAACAGUUUUAUUAUAUUAUAUUUCAUUAUCAUUAUUAUUAUUAUUAUUAUUAUUAUUAUGAUGAUUGUUGUUGUUGUUGUUUUUUUCCUUUAAUUAUUUUCUACCUUGUCAUGGUUUUGUCAGUUUAGCUUCAGCUCCAGGGUUUCCCUUAGUUUAGUUUAAGAUAGCGUUUCCUAGGUCCUCUGUGGCUUCCUGUUGAGCCCUGACUUGGUGUCCCAAUGGUCGUGUGUGUGUGUGUGUGGGGGGUUCUCUGUUAAAUUGGAGGGUGGAUGGGUGGGGUUUUUGCAGUUUGUAUUUUAUUUUGCAUUUUAUUUUGUAUCCUCUGUGUACAGCACUUUGUGAUACAAGCCAUGUAUGAAAAGUGCUUUAUAAAUAAAGUGAUUGAUUGACUGAUAUUUUAGUUCCCCAUGAGGAAAAUAAUGUUGGUGAAUUUUUUUAGAAGAUAUCUAUUUAUUUAUUUUUAAGUUUGAUUAAGUUUCCUAAAAUACUUUGACUGUGCUUUAUUUUGGUGGGCAGGUGAAGGGCGUGAGCGUAAAGUGGCAUCAAAAUAACAAAGUGAUGAAGGAAACGACUCCAUCGAUCAAUCGUACCGCAAAACAGGUGCAGAUGGACAAGUUCAACUGUACGCUGUCCAACAAAGUGAGCACGAAAAGCAGCGAGGCCAUCACACAGACCUGCUAUGAACCAAGUGAGCUCCAGUCACAUCUGUUGACACUUUACCUCACAAAUUGACUCAUGUAUUUAUUCAAUACGCUCCCCCCCUUCCCCUUAGGCAUCUUACCUGAGAUUUUUGGACUAAACCCCUGGAUCUUUGUUGGCUCUGGAGGAGGUCUGUUUUCUCCCCUCUUUAUCCAUUGAUGUAUUAUAAUUUUAUAAUUAUAGUAAUCUGAAUUUGACUGUAUGUAUCUGAAUUUGUCCUCAUAGCUAGAAUAGGAAGUUGUUGAAUUACAGGUGACAGAAAGUUUUUUUUUUUUUAAAGCCUUUUUUUUUUCUAUUCUAAUAAUCAUUUGUGGUCUGCAGGACUUGUUGUGUUGUUGUUCAUCACAGUCAUCAUCUGCUGUAUACGGACCAGACGGCGGAAAAAAAUGCACCUAAAGAGUGAGCCUGUUUGUUUUGAUUGUUUCUUUAUUCAUAAAUAACUUUAAAGCGAAGCAGCUGUCUCUCCUGUUUGGAAGUAAAGCGAUUAGUAAUUUAUUCUGUAGACUUCAAAAUUCAGAAUCAGAAACUCCUUGUGCCCACUGUUUCUCUCGACAGAUGAGGAGGAGUUUCGUUUGGGCUGGGCCAAUCCUAACCAGCAACAAGAACAUCAGCAUCACCACCACCACCAUCAUCAUCAUCCUAAUCAACAACAACAACAACAGCAUCAGCGGCAGCAGCACCAACACCAACACCAGCACCAGCACCAGCACCAGCAGCCAGCUGGACACACAGGGCCCCGCCCACAUCGCAACAAACAGCAGCGUCAGCGCCAGCCGGAGAAGCCCAACGCCCACCCUCAGCCGAGCCCCCGCAGACCUGCACAGGUGAGAAACCUUAGGUAUUUUUAACAUAGAAAAAAAUAUAAUCAAAAAACUGCAGUUCACUGAGCACCCACUAGACGCCGUGUCCUGCUGUGAGUCUGUCUCCAUCUUAAAACUGUACAGCAGAAUUAUAAAUAUGCGUACAGCCUGGAACAGAAACUGUUUGAGUGCAUGGGGCUCAGUCCUCUGUUCAGCACAGCUGAAGUCCACUUACUUCAUCAGUCAGUCUGAGCUUUGAGUCAUGACUGACAAAAUAUAGACAAUAUAUUUUUAUUAGUAGCCCACUUCACGUUAACUUCUCUUAAAUGUGAUACCUUAUUGUAUACAAUGAAACAGCCGUCCAAAUUUCCUACUAGUAUUUGGUUACAUAUCAGACCUGACCCGAACAAUAUGGUGGACACACUCACGCAUCACAGCAGUGAGCUAGCACAGCCAAUGCAACAUCUAUGUGUAAAUAUCUGUGACCCAAACAAAUCUAGAUGAGAGUGAUUAAUCUCAUGCACUCAAUGUUUUUGUAAUCAACUGGUGUCAGAAGUCCUGUCCCUGCCUUACUGUGAUUAGCCAGACAUGGAGAACUGACAUUGACAAGUGUAAAGGUGUUUCAAAAGUUUAAUUAUUACAGCUAGCCUACACUGGUUUUGUAUUUUCAGGUGCUGAGAAAGGACAUAAUAGUAGAAACAGGCCCUAAAUAUUUAAUAUUAGUGGAAACUGUUUCUGUGACUGUUUAUGAAACUCUCCAUCUUCAAAUCGCGUCUCAAAACUCAUUAUUAUUAUUAUUAUUAUAAGCAGAACACUCUGCAGCAGAACAUCAAAUGCUAGUCUUAGUGGGCCUGUCUAAAAUAAUAAUAAUAAUGAAUGUGAUUAUUAUUAUUAUUAUUAUUAUUAUGAAAAGCUGCUCCGAAAAGCUCACUCGGAGUUUUGUGCACAAACCUCUUUCACUGGAUAGCAGGUCCUAAAAUUACAAAAAACUCAUGGAAACUAUUUUGUGUCUGUAUGAAACUCUGUGAAGUGUUCAAAAUAAGUGGAAACAGUUUUUCUGUCUGUGCUCUGGGCACAAAUCUUUAAAAUCCCUCUUGUUUACAUCAGCAGACUCAUAGCCUGAUCUCUUUUAAGUAAAUCAGCUGACAGUGAGGGUGCAUGGGGUGUAGAAAACAUUGACUUGCAUUGUUUUUGUAGAGAAAGGAAAUACUGGGACAAAACCUAUUAAUAGAAACAGGCCCUAUAUGUUUAGUGGAAACAGGUUUUAAAAUGUCAAAAAAUGCAAACAGUUUUAUGUUUGUUUUUAAAACAAAAACCUCUGUCAGUGGAAACAGGCCAAACAAGUGUUAAAAAAUAGGUGAAAAUUGUUUUUAUGUCUGUACUUUGACACACAGACCUGGAGAGUUAAAAUCUCUCCAGUUUGAGGCAGCAGACUCAGAGCCUGAACUCUUUCCAUAUGACAGAGUUUGAACACAGGGCUUUUUCCGAGAUUUGAGAAGUUUAAAUCUGAACACCGCAGUGGUGUUCUUACAGUGUCUGUCAGUGAUGUCAGAGAGCUCUUUCAGUCACCUCUUUAAGAAAGUGUACAUCUCAGGUAUGGUUACACUUCUGUCCCUUUCCUGCCAGGCCCCACAACCACCUGAUGAAGAGCAGCCCCCUCCUCUUCCUCAGCCCAGGAAAAAGGCUCCAAGAACCCCCAGAGUGUGACCACCUUCACAUUCCUCUGAUGCCCUACUCAUCCACAUACUCACCCUUUGCUCAUGUCAGGAGGAAGACGCUGAUAUUGAAAGGUGAACGCAAACUAAGCUGAGCCAUCCUAAUCUGGAUGUUAGUGAUUUUAAUCUUCAAACUCUUUUUUUUUCAUUAAAAACUCUUUAAUCUUUCCUUUGCUGUGUAUAUUCUAUUUGAGCACAUAGUGAACAGCUCUAUAUGAUUAUUUUGUCUUUCUAACACACAGAAAUGGGACUCUCUCUUUAAAUCAAGCCGUAGUUUUAAAGGCUUGAAUGCUGAAGAGCAUUUCUGGCUUUUAAUGUCACAAUAUCAAACUAUUCUCCAUGUUGUUUUUAAAAUAAGUACUUUUGUAUUUUAUUGUUGUGUCCGUUUUAAAGUAAUGCUCUGUCUGCAUAUUAGUUUGCCUUCAUAAUGAGUAACCAUGACAGUAGGGGAUUUUCAAAGCCUUUAUUUAUAAUGCAUAAAACUAUUCAACGGGUCAAUGUCUGAGUCCUUCUCUAAAGGAUGAGAGCAUUUCUUUAACUUGUUUCUACAAACUGUAACACGCUUGAGAGACAGAGACCUCAACACCUGUUUAACCAGGACGGCAUCUAGAGCACACACCGAGGGUUAAAUCAACCACAGACUGCACAGUGGAGCAGACUGACACACUGUGCUGAAGUUUAAAUGAGUCCCCAUGGACUGAUUCAGGGUCAGAUAGUCCCUUAAUAUAACAAUGAGCAUAAUUGCAAAAAUCAUUACAGUCCUAAACUUUGGGGCAAUUAGAAUGAGAUCUUCACCGUCCGUUGAGAGCUGAGGAGAUGGCUCUGCAGAGUUUAUCAGAGAUGUCAGGAAUAAUCCUUACAAUGACAAGAACAACAGCUAAACCUCUUUGUGACUUAAAGGUAUUAUAUAUGUAUAUUUAGUGAGAUUUCUUUUUUAAAACUUGACUAUAAGUAUAAUCAGGGUUAUAACAGUCAGAUGAUUGUUUUCAGUCCUGACAUACAAAGACACACCUGUCUUUAGAGCUGUUAUUCAUGAUGAUAUUUUUCAUUUGAGGGAGCUGCUCUUGGAGUCUUAUUCUGUUAUAAAUCUGUGUCUCAUCUUUGAUAAACUCCUCCUCUCCAUCCAGCUUCUCCUCUGAAUGUGGACCAGUCUGAUCUCUGUUGACUGUCCCCACCCGAGGACUCACCUGAAAUUUACGAGUUUACCUGUUUUUUGCUUUCUUAACCGAGACAGUAGAUAAUAAUGUGUCUAAUCUCACAGUAGAUGAGUGAGCAGUUAAAAUUCAGUAUCAAUGUUAUAAUAGGGUCUUGUUAUACAUUAUGAGUUGGACUAAUAAUGCAGACAUAAACACUGACGUUAAGCAGUAUAUGAUCCACACAUUUCUGUAUAACUUGUUCAGGUUGUGAUUCAGAUAUUUCUGUUGGUUUAUAUUCUUAUGUUAUUUUCUGUCUCUUUAGCUUUUCCUGAUUGUUUUGUGUUUCUGAAUAAAGUCCUAAAUUAUCAAACAGUGAACUGGCUCUAACAGAUAAAACUUUUCUCCCCUUUC